AUGAAUUCUGCAGGAGAACAACCCCGACCAUCUUAUUCACAGACCCGUGAGAGACUUGUGCGGGUUGUUCCUUCUCAUUUCAUAUGUUCGCUUACAUGUGGAGGUCGUGAGUGCCGCUUUGAAGGUCCGGAGGACUGGACUGUGGAACAACAAGCCAUUCGAGGAUUGUACUCAUCAUGGAUUACAGAUGAGAUUCUAGCAACAAGCCGUCCAUCAACUCGUCUAAUUCAGGAUUACAAUAUCACAGCGCAGUUCCUCAAGUAUGGCAUACGAUCUCUGAUCAAUGCACAGCUUCCUUGGGAACAUGGGCACUGUGGAGAUUCUCUUGAUCCCCAGAGUGGUUUUUCGUACAGACCGCAAGAUUUUAUGGACUCUGGCAUAUCCUUUUAUAAUUUUGGGCUUCCUGAUUUUGGUGUGGUCCCUGUGCCAAGGGUUCUGGAUGCAGUGAAAGUUAUUGCAUUUGCUCUACGAGAGGGAAGAGUAGCUGUGCACUGCCACGCAGGCCUAGGCCGCACAGGGGUGCUUGUUGCAUGUUACUUGAUCUAUGCAUGCCGUGUUAGCGCUGCAGAUGCUAUUCGUUUCUUGCGUCUUCGUCGUCCUGGGUCUAUACAGACCGGAUCCCAAGUCUCUCUUGUUUGUGACUUUGCAAUGUUUCUAAGUUCACAAUGGAUGGUUUUUCCAAAUGGACCUCCUGGCUAUCCCACCUUCACCUUGCCUCAGUAUCUGGUCCGCCAACGUCACCUUCUUCAUGGACAGGAAGCUAGGAGUUUGCGUCAUCUUCCAAAGCCUUUGGUAGUGAUAUGUCGCAGAUUGGCCCAGCUGGCAGGUGGUAGGAGGGCAAGAGGCCCAUGGGUGGAAUUGGAAAGAGAGACUGCUCAUAAACUUCUACGCCAGAUCAUUACCAAAGCAGCAAAUGACCGUCAGUGUAAGAAGGUUCACUCACCGGUCUGUGAAAGUGAAGACACCGAACAGGAAAGAAAAGGAAAAAGGAGACAAGGGCUCUUACAAAGACAGAUCAGCUGUGACACAGGAAUCCUGCAUCUCCUGCUGAUUAGUGACGUUCCAGUGGAUACGGUGAACAAUGGGCAGUGUGAACUUGAUCUUGUGAAAAUGUCAGGAUAUGAAGUAUCACAGCCAAAACUUCCUGAGACUAUACAGAACAAAGUGGAAACCAAUGGCCCAGUAAGAGACAAGGUUGCAGAGCCAUGUCAGCCUAUUACUCCACACCAUGUUUUGUGCAUUGCAGAAGCCAUGGCUGAACUGGAAAUCCAAGAAUUAAUGGUAAAGCAGAGAGUGGAUUAUCUGCAGACCCUUGUGAAUGAAGAGGGAGCAUGGGCAGAGUUGUCCUCAGAGAGCAACCCCAAAAUCCUUAGCACUUUGAUGUGGGAUUGGCUACAAAAAUUAUCGGAACCAGUACUGAGUCAAGCUGAUGUGAAUGUCUUUUGUGAUGGGGAUUGGAAAGAAAAUCUGAAGAAACUGAGCAGGUGUCAAGGGGAAACGCUCUGCUGUCUUCUGCAGUGUGUUAGCAAACUGCCUUCACUACCAAUUGAUUUGGAAGAGCUGGUUUUAUUGAGACUUGUUAAAGCGCUAACAAAACAACCACCAAAUUUCCCCCAGUUGUCACCUACUGUUCUAUUCCAACUGCAAUCUAUUGUACAGGAGAUAAGAGCUCAUGGUGUCACCCUAUUAAAGCGCAGAGCUGCAGAAUCAACACAUUGGAGGCAACUUAAUGCAGAGAUAAAUGAGGAAAAGAUCAGUUAA